GCAAAAGAGAGGAACUGGGGUUUGUGAGCACUGUGGCUUUUGUCUGCUUCCUGUUUCAGCAAGGCUGCUUUGCAAAAAGAAAGACAGUACCAAGAAGGGGCCCAGAGCCCUGGACUGAGUGCUUCACCCAGCCACAUCUGUGCUCCACCUCAGAUGAGAGCCAAGACCUUCCCAGGGAUCGGAAUGCUUUUCUGAGCUGCCAAGAAUAGAGCCUGCGACCUGGAGCCUAUCCCUGUCCACCAGACAUCUCACAGGGCUUCUUCAUUCUAAAUCCAAGCAGCUAUUCGAGGAACUGGAAGCCAAACGCAACAGGUGCUGGGGAGGUGAUCAUGAUCAGCCCAGACCCCAGGCCCUCCCCUGGCUUGGCCCGGUGGGCUGAGAGCUAUGAAGCCAAGUGUGAGCGGCGUCAGGAGACCCGAGAGAGCCGGCGCUGCCGCCCCAACGUGACCACUUGCCGCCAGCUGGGGAAAGCGCUGAGGACCCAGCACCGAGAGCAGCUCCAGAGAGCCCGACAACAGCAGUUCUUCAGGAGAAGGAACUUGGAGGUGGAGGAAAAAGGCCAGGCGUGGCAUCUCCAGGCCAGGGAGCAAGGUCCCUCCAGGAGGCCAGGCAGAGGGACAGGCCAGACAAAUGCCCUCAAGGAACUAUUGUUCUGUGUCAACAAAAUCUCAGCUUCUGGACAGCAGGUGACAGGAGCCAGCCUUCAAGUGUUGCCAAUUCAGCAUCAUCCUUCCACAAGCAUCCAGGGGGACCUGGCCACUCAUCACUCCUCACAGACAGGGACCUUUCUACAGCAAGCCUCCCCCACCAAGAAGCCACACAGACACCACCGGGGCACUCAGACAAAGGCAGAAAAAACACCAUCAACAAUUAAGAAUGAUGCCAGUCAGCAAACCAAUUAUGGAGUUGCAGUUCUGGAUAAGGAAAUCAUCCAGCUUUCAGAGUACCUCAAAGAGGCCCUACAAAGGGAACUAGUCCUAAAACAGAAAAUGGUGGUUCUCCAAGACUUGCUGUCUACCCUGAUUCAGGCUUCUGACAGCUCUUGGAAGGGCCAGCUUAAUGAAGACAAAUUGAAAGGCAAACUAAGGUCCUUAGAAAACCAGCUCUACACUUGUACCCAGGGCACAAAGAUGAAGGGAAUAAGUAGAGGAAGACUCCUGAAAUAUUCCCCUUGGGGAAUGAAAAAAGUACUACUGGAGAUGGAAGACCAGAAAAACAGCUAUGAGCAGAAGGCCAAGGAGUCACUGCAGAAAGUGCUAGAGGAGAAAAUGAGUGUGGAGCAGCACCUGGAGAGCACACAGAGGUCCCUCGCCCUGGCAGAGCAGAACUGUGAAGAGUGGAGAGGCCAGUAUGAAGCCCUGAAGGAGGCCUGGAAGACCCUAGGGAUCCAGCACAGCGAGCUGGAGAAUCAAUUCCACAUCCUUCAGUCCAAACUGCAGGGAGCUGACAGCAGAGAUGCACAGCUGAACCAGACCCUGCGACUUCUGGAGAUUGAGCACCAGGAACUACAGGCCAAGAUCGAAUGCCUACAAGGGGACAGAGACUUAUGCAACUACAAUACCCAGGACCUGCAAGAUCAACUGAAGAGAUCAGAGGAAGAAAAACAUGCCCUGAUGACCAAAGUACAACAAUUGCAGUGUCUGCUUCAGAAUCAAUCCUUACAUCCUCAAGAACAGGAGAAACUAGUAAAGAAAGAUCAGGCUUUACCAGAGUGGAAUUCAAAGCCCUCAUACAACGAAGUGAAGCCUGAGGGCACAGGGAAGGAGAAAGACUGUGAUCUUAGAGACCAGCUGCAAAAGAAGAAUUUGCAGCUCCAGGCCCAGGAAAAGGAGUGCAGAGAACUGCAUUCAGAGUUAGACAACCUCAGUGAUGAGUACAUCUCCUGCCUGCGUAAGCUGCAGCACUGUCGAGAAGAGCUGAACCACAGCCAGCAGCAGCCUCCCAGAAGGCAAUGUGACCGAUGGCUCCCAGUGUUGAUAGUGCUGAUUGCUACAGUGCUAGCAGUAUUCCUGGCCAACAAAAACAAUCUGAUGAUCUGAAUAGCUUGCAACUACUGCUUGGGGUAAAAAUCUGAAGGAAGAAACUCAGAAGGGUAACUUCACAGCUUGGGUUUUCCCUCCAAAUGAAGUGGUAUUUCUGGCUUUUAAAAAAUUUGUGCUAGUCCUGAGACUUGAACUCAGGACUUAGGCACUUUGUCUAUGAGCUUUUUUGCU